GAACCUCUGGUCCUCUGGCAGUUUCCAGCGGGCGCUUCCUUGCUUUGAUCAGUAGGGGUCGUGCAGUGUCAGUGUUUGUACUUUCAUAGAGUCAGAUCUAAAUGGGGGUCUCACUCUCUCUUUCUCUCGCUCUCUCUCUCUCUCGCUCUCCUUUGACUGCGCAGUCCUCAAACAUGGCGGAGACUGAUUGAAAUCUAAGCUUUGAGACACGCCAGAGGGGAGGGGAAAGACACACACACAAAAAAAGGCAGCCCUCGAUUGGAACAAAUAUCAUUGUCCCUGGAGUCUCCUGAUCCUAAGGCAUGCUGGGCAUUGAGGUCACUAAUUGGAUUUAAAACUUGACAAUUACUUGGAAUUGAUGAAUGACGGAGAAAGGGAGAUUGCAGCUUUCAGAGCUGUGAUGGGGACUGAAGUCUAAAUGUGUUUGGACCAGUAUUAAAUCACCAGCAAUUUGUCCUUCACAAAAGCACAAAUCUUUUGAAGGAUUCAGUUCCCAGCUGAUUUGAGUACAUUGACCGUGUGUUCUGGACAAUGAGAAAACCGGGAUCUCAAAAAGUUAUAGAUUGGAAAGAUGGAAAACGACAAAAAUAUGCUCGCAGUGGUCGCCCAUCGAAUACUCCAUCUCCAUAUCAAGGUCAUUUCAGUUGGGACAAAUACCUUAAGGAGACAGGUGCUGUUGCUGCCCCUCCCCAUUGCUUUAAGCAGUCAUUUACUCCUCCUGUAAAUGAGUUCAAGAUCGGAAUGAAGCUGGAAGCUCAGGAUCCUCGGAAUGUCACCUCGACCUGCAUCGCUACGGUUGUUGGAAUCACAGGCGUUCGCCUACGACUGCGUCUCGAUGGCAGUGACAACAAAAACGAUUUCUGGCGGCUGGUGGAUUCGGCUGAAAUUCAACCAAUUGGAAACUGUGAAAAGAAUGCGGGAAUGCUUCAGCCACCUCUAGGAUUUCGACUGAAUGCUUCUUCAUGGCCCAUGUUCUUGCUGAAAACUCUAAGUGGAGCAGAAAUGGCACCUGUCAGAAUAUUUCACAAGGAACCACCAUCACCUUCCCAGAACUUUUACAAAGUGGGGAUGAAACUGGAGGCAGUCGACCGGAAGAAUCCGCAUUUUAUUUGCCCAGCAACGAUUGGAGAAGUGAGAGGGACUGAAGUGUUGGUGACGUUUGACGGAUGGCGAGGGGCUUUCGAUUACUGGUGUCGAUAUGAUUCUCGGGACAUGUUCCCUGUGGGAUGGUGUUCUCUGACCGGAGACAACCUGCAGCCACCAGGCACAAAGGUGGUCAUCUCGAAGAACCUGUCCACGCCGUCGGAGGUGAAUUCAGAGAAACAGAUCAUGCAGACCUCGGUGGAAAACAUUUCGGAGCAACUCACCGUCCAGCGGGGCCGCAAGCCAGGCAGGAAGAGGAGCCGCGUGGGCCAGGCACCUUGUGUGCACAAACCAGAAAUGCAGCACCCUGUCCCCUCGCUCACCAAGCCAGUGGAACCCUUAAAAAUCCCAAAGAAGAGAGGCCCAAAGCCUGGGACCAAGCGGAAACCCCGUGCCCUACAGAAUCCUGUGCCAACUUCCCCUACCUCGAGUACACCAGAACCAGACACGAGUACAGUUCCUCAAGAUGCAGCCACUAUCCCCAGUGCAGCCAUUAUGCAGUCUCCAACAGUCUGUGUUUACUUGAACAAAAAUGGCAAUGCAGGGCCACACCUGGACAGAAAAAAGGUACAGCAACUUCCAGAUCACUUUGGACCUGCUCGGGCUUCAGUCGUCCUGCAACAGGCUGUUCAAGCCUGCAUCGAUUGUGCAUACAACCAGAAAAUGGUGUUCUCCUUUCUGAAGCAAGGUCAUGGUGGAGAGGUGAUAUCUGCCACAUUUGACUGUGAACAGCACACGUUAAACCUGCCAGCUGUAAACAGUGUUGUCUACGCCCUGCGCUUUCUGGAGAAACUGUGUCACAGUCUGCGAUGUGACAACCUCUUUGGGAAUCAGCCUUUCAGUCAGAUCAGUGCAGCUAAUCACAGCACAACCGAGUAUGGAAGUGACCGGUUCAUGCCAGGAAAGACCGAAUCAGCAGGAGCAGCUGUUCAGGGCCCAGGCAGAGGGACAAAAAGAUACACACAAGAUUCCCCACCAUUCAGCGCACCUCUGUCACCCAAACUACCAAAAACCGAUCGGCAUCCUUCAGAAGCUGAAACGUUUGUACUGGAAGAUGUGCACCCAGGUCCCCUGGAACACCGGCUAGAUCCCAUGGAUUCUGCCCUUAAUUCUGUAAAUUCGUCCAGCCUUCCUUGUCGGAAUUCCAGGGAUUUCCGAGCCUUUCGAUCUCUGCAUCACUCAAUGAGCCUAACGCAAAGCAGUGCAGGAACCUUGCGACAGCUUAGUUCUGGAGGCUCUGACAGGUUUAUGGGAGCACGGGAUCCGCCUCGUUUGAUCAGCAGAGAUCCAACCAGCUGGACUGUCGAGGACGUGAUGCAGUUUGUUCGUGAUGCAGACCCACAGUCUCUGGGCCCUCACGCAGACCUAUUUCGAAAGCACGAAAUUGAUGGAAAGGCAUUGCUUUUGUUACGGAGUGAUAUGGUGAUGAAAUAUAUGGGACUGAAGCUGGGGCCAGCCUUGAAGAUUUGCUACCACAUUGACAGACUGAAACAGGGCAAGUUCUGAUUUUGAACUCAUCGUAUCGGAACGUACUUGGAAACUACCAAUCUCCAGAAGGAGCCACUCCCCGCCCCCUAUUGAAAGGAGCACAUUAAUGGGGAUUUACUCACUUCUGGCUCAGCAUUCAAAUGCUCUGUGUCUUUCAGCAAAACAGUGAUACCAGCGGAACAGGAUUUUUCAGUGCUUGAUGACAGGAAAAACUUUGGACUUACAGAUUUUCUACGUAAAGGCUGCAGCCUACAAUGAAAUGUAGCCGCUCUGAAUUUUCAGUAUUGGAUAGGGGAGGUCUCUAUCCAGCUGACAUGAAACAUUUUAGGAAAAUGCUCUCGAUAUUGCUGUUGUGUAGCAGUUGUAUUUCAUUUUACAAGAUUCUUUCAGUUAUGCAUUACUUAUUCCUCCUUACAGUGCGACCGGCUGUAUGUUGUACAAGCAUUUCACUGUGAUUGGCAUCUGCUAGUGACCAAGAAUCACUUUAUGCUAUUUGGUCGCGUCUCUCAUGCAUUUUAAGUGCUGGAAGGAGUUAGUGAGACUCAAAAGCAGUGAUGAAGCGAUGCCUUUUAUUUUUCUUCAGUUUGCUCCAAACAGAGAAGAAAAUUUUAAAAGUAAGUUAAAGGAAUUUUUUAUAUUCUAUAAAUCAAGCUUCUAAACUAAGACUCUGAGGAGAAAAAUAGGGAAGGUGUUGUUAUUCCUUUAAUGACAAAAAGAGUCAGUAUUCUUUUUGUAGCAAGAAUCUAAUUUCUGUACUGCAACACUAUGUACAGUCCCUUUUUCUUUUGCUAAUACACGCUGUAUUUUAUUGUUUCUUCAUUUUUGUGACCAACUCUGAAGUUUUGUACAAAAUAUUAUUUAGCAGAAUUGAACAUGUGGCAUUUGUGGUUUCUACAUUUUUGCAUAUUGCAAAUGCCCAAUUAAUACUGCAAACUAAGUCGAUCCAAGGAAAUCCAUAAUUUAAAUGGCCUCUUUU